GUUCUCAUCAUCGUCCUUUUCUGCACGUGGGUUAGCAAGGCACACUCCUCCACCGUUGGAUUUCGAAAUUUGCACAAUUUCGUGCUCCUUUCAAUUUUCGAACACUUGAUCGCUGAAUAGUAUACUUCAGAAUGUAUCGUCUAUCAAGUGCGAUCCGUCCAGCCAGACAGUUGUUUACUCCAAAAAUACUGGCCCCUCGGCUUGCUGUCGGGUUCAGCACCUCACAGCAACAACAAGCUGCCAAGGAGCUCAAGUUUGGAGCUGAUGCCAGAUCCAAUAUGCUCAAAGGAGUUGACACCUUGGCCGAUGCUGUUGCAGUGACCUUGGGACCUAAGGGUAAAAAUGUUAUAAUUGAACAAAGCUUUGGAGGCCCAAAGAUCACCAAGGAUGGUGUUACAGUUGCCAAAGCCAUUGAACUGAAAGACAGGUAUCAGAACAUUGGUGCUCGUCUUGUGCAAGAUGUCGCCAAUAACACUAAUGAGGAGGCGGGAGAUGGUACCACAACUGCAACUGUCUUGGCCAGGUCCAUUGCCAAAGAAGGCUUUGAGAUUGUGUCCAAGGGAUCAAAUCCCCAGGAAGUUAGGAAAGGUGUUAUGCUGUCCGUUGAAGCUAUUGUUGAAAACCUGAAAACGAUGUCCAAGCCAGUGACUACUCCUGAAGAAAUUGCUCAAGUUGCAACAAUUUCUGCUAAUGGUGACAAAGGCAUUGGAGAACUGAUCUCUUCAGCCAUGAAAAAAGUUGGCAAGAAUGGAGUAAUCACUGUUAAGGAUGGCAAGACCCUGUAUGAUGAGUUGGAAUUAAUUGAAGGAAUGAAGUUUGACCGUGGAUUCAUUUCACCUUACUUUAUCAACACUACUAAAGGACAAAAGGUUGAAUUCCAGGAUUGUUUGGUUCUCCUGUGCCAGAAGAAGAUUUCUUCAAUUCAGCAGAUUGUUCCUGCUCUUGAGCUGGCUAAUGCCCACAGAAAACCUCUUGUUAUUGUUGCCGAAGAUGUUGAUGGUGAAGCUCUGACUACACUUGUCCUCAACAGGCUCAAAGUUGGUCUCCAAGUAGCUGCAGUGAAGGCACCAGGUUUUGGCGACAAUCGCAAGAACACCCUGCAAGAUAUGGCCACUGCCAUGGGUGGUAUGGUAUUUGGAGAUGAUGCUCUGGAAACAAAAAUUGAAGAUAUCCAAAUUCAAGAUCUUGGUGAGGUUGGGGAAGUGUCAAUCACUAAGGAUGACACUUUGUUCUUGAAAGGAAAGGGUAGCACUGAAGAAAUCGAGAAGAGGUGCGCCCAACUCAGAGAGGAGCUUGAAAAUACUACCUCAGAAUAUGAGAAAGAGAAAAUAAACGAACGUCUGGCCAAGCUCUCUGAUGGUGUUGCUAUCUUAAAGAUUGGUGGCUCCAGUGAAGUAGAAGUGAAUGAGAAGAAGGACCGGGUAACAGAUGCUUUGAAUGCCACGCGAGCAGCUGUGGAAGAAGGUCUUGUACCUGGGGGUGGUGUUGCCUUGUUGAGAUGUAUCCCAAGCCUUGACGAUGUCAAGACAGAGAGUGAAGACCAGGGCAAGGGAGUAGACCUUGUCAGACGGGCUCUGCGCAAGCCAUGUCAGACUAUUGCAGAGAAUGCAGGUGUAGAGGCAGCACUUGUGGUGGAAAAGGUGGCCUCUAUGGAAGGUAACCAAGGUUAUGAUGCCUUGAACAACACCUAUGUAGACAUGAUCCAAGCAGGAAUCAUCGACCCCACAAAAGUUGUCAGAACAGCUGUGACAGACGCCGCAGGUGUUGCAUCCCUAUUGACCACAGCGGAAACAGUCAUUGUCGAUCAGCCAAAGGAUGAUAAGGCAGAUAUGGCUGGCAUGGGUGGAAUGGGUGGAAUGGGUGGAAUGGGAGGAAUGGGCGGUAUGGGAGGAAUGGGUGGAUUUUAAAUGAAUGGAUGGGAAAUUAUUUGCUGAGCUUUGGUUCACUUAUUGUGCAACUUGUCUAUCAGGAAACAUUUAUGUUAAGCAAUAGUUCAUAAUGCUCUGGAUGUACAUGACUGUUUGAUCUCUGAACUGUAGUCUCUGUGUACUGUUAUGGAUCAAAUGCAUUUUCUGGCAAAUCAGAGCGAAUGCUGGCUUGCAAAGGCAGCUGAUUUGAUGAUUAUAGUUAAACACCAGCUUAAACAGCC